AUGAUGCGAGCUGUUGCAACUCAACUUAUUGCUGAAGGAGUGCGGGUAGAUAAUAUGAAGAUAGGAGUUGGAACGGCUGUGCUGUUCGCUAAAGAAGGUGCAAAAGUGACAAUUACGGGAAAAAAGCAAGAUGGGCUUGAGGCUAUGAAAGCUAUGAUUAAAGUUGGAGCAAACGAGGAUGAUGUGAUUGUUGUUGUGGCAGACGUAACAGACGCUAUCGGAAAGGAACAAAUUGUUUCAAGCACCGUCGAAAUUCGGACAUUUAGACAUUUUGGACUGAAUGCCGGUACUGAUAUCUUGGAGAAAACCAUGAAAAUAAAUGUGUAUAGCGUGGUCGACAUGAUUAAGUUGGCUCGGUCACAUCUUAUAAAAUCGAAGGGUGAGAUCAUCAAUGUUUCUAGCACGGCCGGGCAGCCUAGCUCUUAUGCUAUGACUGCAUAUUAUGCAAUGUCAAAAGCAGCAUUAGAUCAAAAGAUGCGAGCUAUGGCAAUUGAAUUGAUAGCUGAAGGGGUUCGCGUAAACAGUGUGAGGAUUUUCCAGCCAUGGUGCCCAUAUUUCUCCUUCAGAAUCCCUAGGUUGAGUCUCUGA